GGUUUUGUUGCACCUGCUCCGACUCAAGUCGAAUGAAGAAGUCCGUGGCGGAAGGAGGCACAACAGUCGCCCUGCGGCUGAGAGCAUGAAUGAACGACAUUGACCCGCAGAUAUGUCUGGAGGUUGUGUGAGGUGGGUGCUAAACCAUGCGGUGAGAGCUGUGUGUGGUUUAAGUCCUGGCUACCGGACCCCAGCGUCGAGGUUUCUCAAAUGCAGCGAAAGAUCAAACAUCGUUGCUGCCUCCUGGAGCCGGCCCCCAUUCUCCACAGCAGUAGAUGACACCGAACAGACUCCUGCCACGAAGAAAAAAAAGCAGGACCCCAGAGCUCAUGCCACCAUCAGCAGCGUCGGCCGGAAGAUCCCGCAGCGACAGAUACAGGUGAUAAGCGAGACAGGCGAGAACCUGGGCACCAUGCACCGGGCAGAUGUGAUCAGAGUCAUGGACGAGCAGGGUCUAAAGCUGGUGCUGCUCAGCGAACACAAAGACCCUCCGGUCUACCAGCUGAUGAGCGGCAAACAGAUCCACCAGGAGCAGCUGAAACUGCGGGAGAGGCAGAAGGCGAAACCAGCUCCUGUGCAGGUGAAGGAGCUCACCUUCUCCUGUGGCAUCGCAUCUCAUGACCUCACCACCAAGCUGAAACAGGUGGAGAGCUGGCUGGAGAAGAAGCACCACGUUAGGAUUACUCUGCGAUCGGGACGCGAGGACCCUGCGGUCAACCUGGACACAGCUUUGGAGGAGAUGGUGCAACAAAUGGAGAUAAUGGUGGGAUUCGUUUCCAAGCCAAAAAUCAUACGUGACGGUCGAGCGGCCAUGUGCGUCCUCCGUCCGCCUUCGGCAAAGGAAAUCUCACAAAGAGAAAAGAACAACACUGCAGCGCCGCAGUCUGCCGACUCCGGUUCGAGGACAACUCCGAGCAGCGGAUCCCCUGUUAGCACCCCGGACACAACAGACGGGUCCAUACAGCAGUGAUCUGACGGAAAUAAAACAUUUUCACGAAAAACAA